AAUCUGCCGCCAGGUCCUGGGGCUGCUGCGAGUCUCCUCUUUCGCCUCCUGACCGCUUCCACCACGGUGGGCACUGUCUGAGCAUUUUGGCUACUUCCCUCUUUAUUCCCUACACCUCCCACUCCCGCUGUGUCACCACCAGUCGCGGCGCCUCCCGCCUCCGCUCUGUCUCUUUAAGCCGGUCCCGCCGCCGCGCCCCUCCUUCACCCGGUUGCCUCCGCUGCUCCUCACGCCUCUCCCGCUCCUCCUCCCGCUCCUCCUCCUCCUCCUCGGCUCCUCGGUGCCUCCGCCGGCCCCGCAGCGCGCUCGCUCCUCCAGCUCCACAGACCGCAGCCAUGGCCGACAUCAAGACCGGAAUCUUCGCCAAGAACGUGCAGAAGCGGCUCAACCGCGCGCAGGAGAAGGUCCUCCAGAAGCUGGGAAAAGCUGAUGAGACAAAAGAUGAACAGUUUGAAGAAUAUGUCCAGAACUUCAAACGGCAGGAGGCGGAAGGCACCAGACUUCAGCGAGAGCUCCGAGGGUAUUUAGCAGCAAUCAAAGGCAUGCAGGAGGCCUCGAUGAAGCUCACUGAGUCACUUCAUGAAGUCUACGAGCCAGAUUGGUAUGGACGGGAAGAUGUGAAAAUGGUUGGUGAGAAAUGUGAUGUGUUAUGGGAAGAUUUCCAUCAAAAACUAGUAGAUGGGUCCUUGCUGACACUGGACACCUACCUGGGCCAAUUUCCUGACAUAAAGAAUCGCAUCGCCAAGCGCAGCAGGAAGUUGGUGGACUACGAUAGCGCCCGCCAUCACCUGGAGGCUUUGCAGAGUUCCAAGAGGAAGGAUGAGAGCCGCAUCUCCAAGGCAGAAGAGGAAUUUCAAAAAGCACAGAAAGUUUUUGAGGAGUUUAAUGUCGAUUUACAAGAAGAGUUGCCAUCGUUAUGGUCAAGACGAGUUGGAUUUUAUGUCAACACUUUCAAAAACGUCUCUAGCCUUGAAGCCAAGUUUCACAAGGAAAUUGCGGUGCUUUGCCACAAGCUGUAUGAAGUGAUGACGAAACUGGGUGACCAGCAUGCUGACAAGGCCUUCACCAUUCAAGGAGCCCCCAGUGAUUCAGGUCCUCUCCGCAUUGCAAAGACACCAUCACCCCCGGAGGAGGCUUCACCCCUACCCAGCCCAACAGCCAGCCCCAACCACGCACUAGCUCCUGCGUCUCCUGCCCCAGUGCGGCCCAGGUCACCUUCACAGACCAGGAAAGGACCUCCUGUCCCACCUCUGCCUAAAGUCACCCCGACAAAGGAGCUGCAGCGAGAGAACAUCAUCAAUUUCUUUGAGGACAACUUUGUUCCAGAAAUCAACGUGACAACACCUUCCCAGAAUGAAGUCAUGGAGGUGAAGAAGGAGGAGACAUUGCUGGAUCUGGACUUUGACCCUUUCAAGCCUGAGGUGACUCCUGCAGGUUCUGCUGGGGUGAGCCACUCACCCAUGUCCCAGACAUUGCCUUGGGACUUAUGGACGACAACUACUGAUUUGGUACAGCCGGCUCCUGGAGGUUCAUUUGAUGGAUUUACCCAGCCCCAGGACACUACAUUAUUCACUAUGCAGGCAGAUCAGAAUGUUUUGAGCAGCUUGGCUGAAACUGAACCAGCUCCGUCCACAGAGCCACAAGCAGAAGAGCCACCUGUCAGUACUGCUGCACCUGCUUCUGGGCUGGACCUUGGACUAGAAACAGAGGAGUCAAAGGAGGAGGCAGUGGUGCCACCAGGAACUGAAGCCGAUGUGGGAACCUCAGUGUCAGUCGAAGGGGGGGCAGUGGAAGAAGCAGAGGCAGAGAAGGCAGCCCUCCCUGCUGCAGAAGGAGAAAGUCUAGAGGAGGCCAAAGUGGAUACCGAAGGCACUGAAGUUGCAGACAGUGGGAGUCCACAGCCAGCAGAGACUGAGGCAGCUGCACCUCAGGAGAAGGUCAUCCCUUCUGUGGUCAUUGAGCCGGCCUCCAACAAUGAAGGGGAGGGAGAACACCACGAAACCACUGUGGGUGCCGAGGUGAAGGAGGCCACUGAGGACGUGGCUCCUCCGGGCCCUGCGGGUGAGACGCAGGAGACGGCUGCAGAGCCGACGCCCUUGGACUCUCAGGCUGCGACCCCUGUGCCAGUGGCUGCUGUGGAUCCCUCAGCAUCGGCAGGAGAUGCAGCUCAGGAAGUGCCUCCUGGAUUUCUCUACAAGGUGGAAACACUUCAUGAUUUUGAGGCAGCAAAUUCUGAUGAACUUACCCUACAAAGGGGUGACGUGGUGCUUGUGGUCCCCUCAGAUUCAGAAGCUGACCAGGAUGCAGGUUGGCUGGUUGGUGUGAAGGAGUCAGACUGGCUUCAGUACAGAGACCUGGCCACCUACAAAGGUCUCUUUCCAGAGAACUUCACCCGACGCCUGGAGUAGGGCUACAAGUUUUGCAGAAGAUUUCCAUGAGUGGGUUUUAAACCUUUGUGAAUCUGGGAGCGCUCACUUUUGCUGUUAUACUCUUAAUGAUUUAUAGACUGAUGCCAGACAGAGCCUGGAAGACUUAUCAGUAGAGCAUGUACACAAACAGUGUAAGAGGAGGGGAGGGAAAGCAAAUGAAGGAAAAAGUCCUUACUUUGUUCCCUGUAUUCAGUAGCAGGUCUGUUUGUGCUUUGUCUAAACUGUGGACACUGAUACUUGAUUCCCCUUCCACCAGUUCUAAAGUAGCUUUCUCCAGACUGACCUUAAUUCCUCUGCAUCAAGUGUGUGGUAUUGAGUGGCUGCCCUACAGAAGACGUGAGGAGUUGUCCUGUAGUACGGCAUCAUCUGACUCCCUUGCCCAACGUGCUCUCGCUCCCUUUCAAGUUUACUGUGUUAAAACUAAACAGUUGCAAACGUUUUCAACAGUCUUUUCCAACACACUUCUACAUACAUAUCUAUGGACACAUAGUCCCACAAGCUAGUUCCCAUGACCGCUGGAUCUAUGUGUAUGCAGAUGGCUACAUAUACAUAGCUGCUUCUUUUCCUUACCACUGUAGCUCUUUGCCUCUUGAGUGUCAUUGAUACAUGCAUUGCUCUUAUUCUGUCUGGCAUUACAGUACAGUUUUGCCUCAGGGCAAAACCAGUCAUCCCAUUGCCAAAAGAGUUGACAGUAUCUGUGUGUGUCGUGUACAGUUUUCAGGAUGAGAUAACAAAUUGCACGGCUAAGCUGCUGCCCCUUUGGAGAGAACAGGACCUGAUUGUACAGCUGUUCAACUGCUGUGGCAGAGGAAGGCUAGUCCUGGACCAGCAGCUAUGCAGUCUUCACCUCUGCCUUUAUGUGAUUGGCUAGAUGGUGGGGCGUAUUAAUCUACCCCAAAAGAACCUAUUUAAAAAGCUCCUAUAUACUUCCACACUAUAUUUAUGCAACUCAUUUUCACAGAUCAUCCUACAAUGAACUAGGUGAUGUAUGCUGUACCACAAAUCAUCUGUAACCGUUAUGUUCUCAGUGCUGUGUCAUUCCAAAUAAACCUUUGGUAAUCUCCAAGUUA